AUGGAGCGCUAUCGCUUUAAAAACGACGGAUUGGCCACACACACGUCAAUGGACCAGGAAGAGUGUGAAAGUAGUUGUAGCCUUUUCUUCUUUCCACUACUGGAGCUACCAAUAGAUCAGCAAUUACAAUUGCAGCAGCUGAGUUUUAUCAACACGGACCUCGAGCCGCUUUUAAUGCGUGAAAAACAUGUUGAAUACUUAAAACGUGGUCUUACGCGUCUUUCAUCGGGUUUUGUCGCUUUGGAUGCCAGUCGACCCUGGAUUAUCUAUUGGAUUUUGCACGCUCUGGAUCUACUGGACGCUCUACCAGAAGAAGAAACGGCACGUGUCAUUGACACGUUAAAACCUUUCUGGAACAAUGACCAUGAAGGAGGUUUUGGAGGCGGACCCAAGCAAUUGGGACAUACAGCCACCAAUUACGCGUCAUGUCUGACAUUUGCAUUACUCGGGACACCAGAAGCAUGGGAAGCAGUGGACCGACCGGGAUUGUACCGGUUUUUUCUAGCAAGAAAACACGCAACCUCUGGAGCUUUUACUGCUCAUGAUGGAGGUGAGGCAGACGUCCGUGUGACGUACUGUGUCAUCUCUAUCGCUAGUCUGUACGGUAUUUUGACUGAUGAACUGAAGGAUGGCGUGGUGGAGUAUGUGCUGUCUUGUCAGACAUACGAGGGUGGUUUUGGUGGUGAACCAGGGAACGAAGCUCACGGCGGAUACGCAUUCUGUUCCGUGGCAACACUCUACAUUCUUGAAGCUAUUGAUCAGAUUCGCGACUUACCUGGGCUGCUACACUGGCUUGCAAAUCGGCAGAUGCCCUUUGAAGGUGGUUACCAAGGACGAACCAACAAACUUGUGGACGGCUGCUACAGCUUCUGGCAAGGUGCUGUGCCGGCACUACUGGCGCAGGUUGUGCGACAACGGUACGGCAACGAAGUGCCUUAUCAAUGCCACCAAGAAAAACUGCAAAGGUACAUUUUGCUUUGCGGACAGGAGAUUACAGGUGGCUUGCGCGACAAGCCUGGCAAGCCGCGGGAUCAUUACCACUCGUGCUAUUGUCUGAGCGGUCUAUCAGUUGCUCAGCACGGAGAUGGCAGAGGUGAACCUGUCGUGUAUGGAGAUAUGUCCAACCUGAUGAAGCGCACGCACCCCGCGUAUAACAUCAACUACGACAAGGCUAUGAAAACGAUCGAAUACUUCAAAGCAAAGGGCCCCUUUCAGCCUGAGUAG